AUGGGUGACUGGAGCUUCCUGGGAGAGUUCCUGGAAGAAGUACACAAGCACUCCACGGUGAUCGGCAAGGUCUGGCUCACUGUCCUCUUCAUCUUCCGCAUGCUUGUGCUGGGUACAGCUGCUGAGUCUUCCUGGGGGGAUGAGCAGGCUGAUUUCCAGUGUGACACGAUGCAGCCAGGUUGUGAGAACGUCUGCUACGACCAAGCCUUCCCCAUCUCCCACAUUCGCUACUGGGUGCUGCAGAUCAUCUUUGUCUCCACACCGUCUCUGGUGUACAUGGGCCAUGCCAUGCACAUGGUGCGCAUGCAGGAGAAGCGGAAGUUAAGGGAGGCCGAGAGGGCCAAAGAGGUCCAGGGUGCUGGCUCUUAUGAGUACCCCGUGGCUGAGAAGACAGAGCUGUCCUGCUGGGAAGAAGUGAACGGAAAGAUUGUCCUCCAGGGAACUCUGCUCAACACCUACGUCUGCAGCAUCCUGAUCCGCACCACCAUGGAAGUGGCCUUCAUUGUGGGCCAGUACCUCCUCUACGGGAUCUUCCUAGACACACUCCACGUCUGCCGCAGGAGUCCCUGCCCCCACCCCGUCAACUGUUACGUAUCCCGGCCCACGGAAAAGAAUGUCUUCAUUGUCUUUAUGUUGGCUGUGGCCGGACUGUCUCUCUUCCUCAGCUUGGCUGAACUCUACCACCUGGGCUGGAAGAAGAUCAGACAGCGGUUUGUCAAAUCACAGCACAGUAUGACCAAGUCUCAGCUUCCUGGCCCUUCAGCAGGCAUGGCCCAGAGCUGCACACCACCCCCUGACUUCAAUCAGUGCCUGGAGAAUGGCCCCGGAGGGAAGUUUUUCAACCCUUUCAGUAACAAGAUGGCUUCCCAGCAGAACACAGACAACUUGGCCACUGAGCAAGUGCGAGGACAGGAGGAGAUUCCGGGGGAGGGUUUCAUCCACAUCAGUUAUGCCCAGAGCCCGGAGGUGCCCAAUGGAGUCUCCCCAGGUCACCGCCUCCCCCAUGGCUACCAUAGUGACAAGCGCCGCCUCAGCAAGGCCAGUAGCAAGGCCAGAUCAGAUGACCUCUCAGUGUGA